AUGAGCAUCGCAAGAGAGACAGAACCUGCACACCUCUGGCGGGAGACGAGUGCCGGCACUUGGUCGCGCGAGUGUCUCGGCGAGGAGCAGACGGCCUCGUACACGCAAAACGUCCGCGACGGGCACACGGAGCUCACCAUCGAGGUGCCCUUUACCAGCAGCAUCGCGUCUGCCUCGGAGCUCAUCACCCGGGCGCGAAACGCAUGGCUCGUCUGCCACUCGCGCUUCCCGCAGGGCGCCGCCGAGAUUUCCACCGGCACGGCGCUCCCGCAGCUGCUGACGUACCGGCUGCUCCGCUCCGACGACGAGGCCGCCGCCUGGCUGCGGGACACGUUUGUCGUCGUCACGGACCGCACCGCCGGCGAGGUCGCCAGGCACACCUACAGCCGCCGCCUGGCCACCAAGGGCAAGCGCAGCAUGCUGUUCCUCGUCGUCGACACGUCGUCGUCGGCAGAGCACGCGCUGGUGUGGAACGUCAGCCACGUCGUCUCGGACGCCUUUAGCAUCCCCAUCUUUAUGAAUGAAAUCUUGGACCAGAUGACAAAGGUGCCCGGCGACGGCUUGCUCUCCGUCGCGGAUGUCGACUACGCCGGCGUCGUGCAGAGACUGCCGAUUCAUCCCUCCGUCCUGUACGAAGCGCAGUACCGCCCCAGCGCAGAGCAGAGGGCGCAGGCCAUUGCCGAGAUACUCGCGCAAGAGGAUUUAUAUGCAUCUCAUGUCGGACAGUCCAUCAAGAUGUAUCCCAGACCAGACAACGUAGCACGCCCACACGCGACGCACUGCGUCGAUGUCAAGUUCUCCCUCGCGCAGUCUCAGAGCCUUCUCGCCAAUCUCCGCCGCGAGAAGCUCAGCAUCACGUACGCCGCCGCCGCCGCGACGCUCCUCGCCGUGCACGCCAUGUACGGCCGUGGCGGGGAGACGGGCGCGCUGCUCGGCAUGACGCGCAACGCCCGGCGGUGGGUGGCGACGGACACGGUGUGCGCGAGCGCGUCGAGCGCCAUCUUCCUCUGGAUCCCGCUCGAGGCGCACCUGCUGCAGGGCGCCGCGACGACCACCCGGGACCGCGUGCUCGCCGUCGGCCGCAUCAUCCGCGCCCAGCUGCAGCCGUACCUGGCCGGGCCGCACCACCUGUCGCUGCCGAGCCUGUCGUUUGCGUCCCAGCGGGCCAUUGACGGCAUCGCGGCGGCGCAGCAGCAGCCAGACGACGUGCCCGCCGCGCCGUGCCCCCCGGGUUUCUCCCCGCAGGGCGCGCUGAACCUGAAGCGCGCGUUUGAGGCGAAUGGCGUCCGGAUCGAGACGCGCGACUUGCGUCACACGGGACGGCAGAUUAACGAGUCGCCCUGGGUCGGCAUGUUUUCGCUCUGGGACCGUCUUACGCUGUCUUUGGGCUUUGAUUCGAAAUAUCAUGAUCCUGCCAAAAUGGAAAAGCUGAUAGCAGAUGUGCAGCAUAACCUUGGCUCCGUUGCACCCGCCUCAGCGAAACUCUAG